CAUCUUGGCCGCCACGGAAGGAGGAAACCCUAGCGCCCCUGCUCCUCCAACCCCUAUAAAACCGACGGCCGCCGCCGCUUAUCAGUUAGGUUAAAGCGACGCCGCCGCCGCAAGCCGUCCGCCUUGCCCUUCACGAAGGCUUGGUCCUCCUUGUACCACCACCACCUCCCCCGCCACAGAUCUGUUUCCCUCUAGUUAGGGUUAGCGUUCCUCUGCAGCGGCGAUGGCGAUCAAGCGGACCAAGGCGGAGAAGAAGAUCGCGUACGACAAGAAGCUCUGCAGCCUGCUCGAUGAGUACACCAAGGUGCUCAUCGCCCUCGCCGACAACGUCGGCUCCAAGCAGCUCCAGGACAUCCGCCGGGGCCUCAGGGGCGACUCGGUGGUGCUCAUGGGCAAGAACACGCUCAUCAGGCGCUGCAUCAAGGCCUACGCCGAGAAGACCGGCAACCACACCUUUGACCCGCUCAUGGACCUCCUCGUCGGCAACGUCGGCCUCAUCUUCACCAAGGGAGACCUCAAGGAAGUGCGUGAGGAGGUCGCCAAGUACAAGGUUGGGGCCCCUGCCCGUGUUGGUCUGGUUGCUCCAGUUGAUGUUGUUGUGCCCCCUGGCAACACUGGGCUGGAUCCCUCCCAGACCUCUUUCUUCCAGGUGCUUAACAUCCCCACCAAGAUUAACAAGGGUACUGUGGAAAUUAUCACCCCUGUGGAGCUGAUCAAGAAGGGUGACAAGGUGGGCUCAUCCGAGUCUGCCCUGCUUGCCAAGCUGGGUAUCCGUCCCUUCUCAUACGGUCUUCAGGUCACCAAUGUCUAUGAGGAUGGGUCUGUGUUCAGUCCUGAGGUGCUUGACCUUUCUGAGGAGGACCUGAUUGAGAAGUUUGCCACUGGUGUCUCCAUGGUUGCCUCUCUGUCCCUGGCAAUCUCAUACCCGACCCUUGCUGCUGUGCCCCACAUGUUCAUCAAUGGGUACAAGAAUGUUCUUGCUGUUGCUGUGGAGACGGACUACUCGUACCCACAUGCUGACAAGAUCAAGGAGUACCUAAAGGACCCGAGCAAGUUUGCUGUUGCUGCCCCUGUCGCCGGUGCGGACUCUGGUGCUGCAGCUGCUCCCAAGGAGGAAGAGAAGGCUCCAGAGCCUGAAGAGGAGUCGGACGAGGAAAUGGGCUUCAGCCUGUUCGACGACUAGAGCUGCUAUUAUCGUCAAUCUGCUGCAAGUUUUGGCAUUUUCUUAUGAUGGACAACAGUACUAUUUCCAGUUAUCUUAGCGCAUUGUGUUUUAUUAGUAGACAAAACUGUGUUGGUGUCCACCUAUAGUGUGUAAUCGACAAUGGUAUCUCCUUAAUGUCAUGUACCUGUUGUUGUGUUA